AUGAAAUCGCUGUUUCACUCCAAGAACAGAUCCACCAUUCUGUGGCUGGCGAUUUUGCUCGUUAUUGGUGUUUUCUACCUUAUCCCGCGCUCCUCUGAGGUUGAGGUAGAAGACGAACUCAACAGCCUGGCUAAGCCCAGUGUUGGAAGCUCUCCGAGAAAUACGUUGGAAGAAGAUUUUGUGCUGGAGAGCAAGCUAACUACGCCAGAGGUGGUGAACAACAAACAAAGCUCUAAAAAGGAAGAGCAGGAACUAGGAGACCGCGCAGAGAUCCAGGCCAUCAACAAGGAGGUUUCCAAGUUAACGGCUGGAUCUGAAAACUCCUUCGAAUUAGACGAAAAAGUCGCUUCUAAAGAUUCCGUGAAGGAAAAACCCCGCCCUCCAAAGUCUAACAAGAAGCCGGCUUCUCAAGACUCGGAAUAUUUUGACGCAGACGAACAGCACGCCGAAGUGUUUGAUGAACCCUCGGUGGUGAAUAAAAACUUGGAAGAGGCUACAUCAUCAUCUACUCAACCCGCAUCAAAGGCUACCAAAAAUUUUGCCGCAAAGCAUAAGGGCACAAAUCAGAGCUCCAGAUCGAAACCAAAGGCAGACGUCAAGCCAGAGAACGAGAAAUCCGAUAGCUCCAAGAGACCAGCAAGUCUCAAAAAGGUGAGUGAUAAUAGAAUUUUGGGUAACGAAGAGGCGUUGGCAGAGCCUAAGAAAGCUCCCGCUGCAGCCUCAAGCGGACAAUCUGAACAAUCUGAACAAUCUGAACAAUAUUUUUAG